AUGUCGGGCAACUCGGCAUAUGAUAGACACAUUACGAUCUUCUCCGAGCAGGGAAGAUUGUACCAAGUCGAGUAUGCGUUCAAAGCUAUCACAGCUGCAGGCAUCAUGUCGAUAGGUGUCCGGGGAAAGGACUGCGCUGUGAUUCUGUCGCAGAAGAAAGUUCCAGAUAAGCUUAUCGACCCUGCCUCGGUCUCCCACAUAUUCCAGAUUUCGCCGUCGGUUGGAUGCGUUAUGACCGGCUCCAUCGCCGACGCACGAGCAUUCGCGCAACGAGCCCAGGGCGAGGCCGCAGAAUUCAGAUACAACUACGGCUAUGAGAUGCCUUGCGAUGCCUUGUCGAAGAGGCUGGCCAACAUCAGCCAAGUCUACACCCAGCGCGCCUACAUGCGACCUUAUGGUGUUGCCACGACCUUGGUGUCGGUUGACUCUGAAUUCGGGCCGCAGUUGUUCAAGUGCGACCCUGCCGGCUACUUUAUCGGCUACAAGGGUACUGCCGCAGGACCCAAGCAGCAGGAGGCGCUCAACCACCUCGAGAAGAAGCUCAAGAACAAGGAUCACGCGGAAGGUGACUGGAAGGAGGUUGUCGAGCUAGCCAUCACCACCCUCAGCACGGUCUUGAGCAUGGACUUCAAAAAGACCGAGAUUGAGAUUGGCAUAGCUGGCGGGCCACGGGCGGACGGGAAGGACGGCACGGAUCCUAGCUUCAGGACGCUAACGGAAGAGGAGAUCGACGAGCGGUUGCAGGCCAUCGCGGAGAAAGACUAA